AUGUCGAUGCUUCCUCCAGAGACCACUGCUGAGCUGGGUCAGCUCAUUCAGGGUCUCCAGUCUCCCAACAAUGAUAUCCGCACCCAGGCGGAGGAGGCUCUGGCCAACAACUGGACGAACACGCGCCCUGAGGUGCUGCUGAUGGGACUGGCCGAACACAUCGCGGGGUCCCAGGAGGUCCAGGUCCGGUCCUUCGCCGCCGUCAUCUUCCGUAGGAUAGCAUCCAAGACCAGAAAGAACGAGCAGGGCCAGCCCGUGGAGAUGUUUGUCUCCCUCGCCAAGGAGCACGCCAUUGUGAUAAGACAAAAGCUGCUCGAGUGCCUGGUCAACGAGGCGGACAAAUCGGUUAGGAACAAGAUCAGCGAUGCCGUCGCUGAGGUAGCAAGACAAUACUCAGACAUUGACGAACCGUGGCCUGAGCUGCUUACCGUGCUCUUCCAGCUUAGCAUCGCUGACGAUUCCGGCAAGCGCGAGUCCGCGUUCCGAGUCUUCAACACAACCCCCGGCAUUAUUGAGAAGCAGCAUGAAGAAGCUGUUGCACAAGCCUUCACCAAGGGCUUCAAGGACCCUGAGGUCGGCGUCCGUCUGGCAGCUAUGGAGGCUUUCGCCUCUUUCUUCAGAAGCCUCAGCAAGAAGAGACAACAAAAAUACUACGCGCUUCUGCCUGAGGUUCUCAACAUCCUGAUUCCUAUCAAAGACAAGGGUGACUCGGAGGAGCUGAGCCAGGCCCUGGUCGCGUUGAUCGAUCUUGCCGAGUCAUCACCCAAAAUGUUCAAGCCCCUCUUUCCCAGCCUGGUCCAAUUCAGCAUCGCUGUCGUCCAGGAUAAGGAGCUUAGCGAUAUAUGCCGUCAGAAUGCGCUGGAGCUCAUGGCUACCUUUGCCGAUUACGCGCCAUCCAUGUGCAAGAAGGACCCGACCUUUACCAACGAUAUGAUCACCCAGUGUCUCAGCCUGAUGACCGAUCUCGGAGACGACGAUGAUGUUCAGGAAUGGCUCGAGGCUGAUGAUCUUGACCAAGACGAGAGCGAUCAGAACCACGUUGCUGGCGAACAGUGCAUGGACCGGCUCGCCAACAAGCUUGGCGGCCUGACGAUUCUGCAGCCUACCUUCAACUGGCUGCCCCGAAUGAUGCAGUCCCAGUCCUGGUCAGACAAGCAUGCCGCCCUCAUGGCUAUAUCGGCCAUCUCUGAAGGCUGCCGGGAGCAGAUGGUCGGCGAGUUGCAGCAGGUCCUAGAUCUGGUUGUGCCGGCUCUGAGGGACCAGCACCCCCGUGUCCGGUGGGCAGGCUGUAAUGCCUUGGGUCAGAUGAGCACGGAUUUCGCGCCUACGAUGCAGAAGGAGUACUAUGAUGCCAUUCUCAAGGCCAUCAUUCCGGUUCUAGACUCUCCGGAACCUCGAGUCAAGUCCCAUGCCGCUGCCGCCCUUGUUAACUUCUGCGAGGAAGCUGAGAAGAAUGUUCUUGAGCCGUAUCUCGACGAGCUCCUUUCGUCACUGUACCGCCUGCUGCAAUUCGAUAAGCGAUAUGUACAGGAGCAGGCUCUCUCCACGAUUGCCACGAUCGCUGAUGCCGCCGAAGCUGCAUUCACCAAGUACUACGACUCGUUGAUGCCGCUGCUUUUCAACGUCCUGCAGCUGCCAAUCGAGAAGGACAACCGUCUCCUCAAAGCAAAGGCCAUGGAGUGUGCCACUCUCAUCGGUCUUGCUGUAGGAAAGGAACGACUGGGCGCAGACGCCAUGAAGCUGGUCCAGCUUCUGGCCAACACCCAGACCAGCGUGACGGAGCCCGAUGAUCCUCAGGCACAAUACCUCAUGCACUGCUGGGGCCGCAUGUGCCGUGUACUGGGUUCCGAGUUCCUUCCGUUCCUGCCGAAUGUCAUGCCACCGCUCCUGGAGCUCGCAAAGGCCAACGCCGAUAUCCAGCUCCUCGACGAUGACGACCAGGUCGAGGCUCUUCAGAACGAGGAAGGAUGGGAGCUUGUCCCCGUCAAGGGCAAAAUGAUUGGCAUCAAGACAAGCACUAUGGACGACAAGAACAUGGCGAUCGAGCUUCUCGUCGUGUAUGCACAAGUUCUUGAGGGUAAUUUCGCCCCUUACGUGGCCGAGGUUAUGGAGAAGGUUGCCCUGCCUGGUCUCGCCUUCUUCUUCCACGACCCUGUCAGGUUCAUGUCUGCCAAGCUCGUGCCCCAGCUGCUCAACUCAUACAAGAAAGCCUAUGGCAACCCGUCAAUUGAGCUUGGUAGCCUCUGGAACGGCACAGCCGACAAGCUCCUAGAGGUUCUUUCGGCCGAACCGUCCAUAGACACGCUGGCUGAGAUGUACCAAUGCUUCUACGAGUCCGUUGAGUGUCUAGGAAGGGACUGCCUCUCGGUUCAGCACAUGGAGCAUUUCAUCGAGUCAGUCCAGUCCGCACUCGACGACUACAAGCUUCGUGUCGCCCAACGGUUGGAGGAGACUGCGGGCACAAACCCGGAGGAUGCCGAAGACGAGGCGGAGGAGAUUCUCAUGGCAAUUGAGGACGACCAAACACUCCUGGGAGAUAUGAACAAGGCGUUCCACUCCAUCUUCAAGUACCAUGGCUCGGCCUUCCUGCGGACCUGGGAGCGGUUGAUUUCGACAUACGAGAGCUUUUUGAACAACACUCAAGACCCUGCGCAGCGCCAAUGGGGACUUUGUAUAAUGGACGAUGUCCUCGAGUACUGCGGGCCGGAGUCGAUUCACUACGCGAACUACAUCAUGACACCGCUUCUGGAGGGAUGCCGUGAUCAAUCCCCUGCCAUUCGACAGGCUGCCGCGUACGGUAUUGGUGUCGCGGCUCAGAAGGGUGGACAGGCCUGGGCUCAGUUCCUCGGCGGCUCAGUCUCGGCGUUAUUGCAGGCAACCCAGGUCCCCGAUGCGCGCAGUGAUGACAACGUGUACGCAACUGAGAAUGCAUGUGCUGCGCUCGCCAAGAUCCUGCACUUCAACGCAAGUGCUGUGGCCAACCAGGACGAGGUCAUCGGCCAGUGGGUCAACUCACUCCCUGUGACAAAUGAUGACGAAGCUGCGCCUUAUGCUUAUGCAUACCUGGCCGAACUGAUCACAAAGCAACACCCUGCUGUCGGGCAACGGCCAGAUCAGAUCUUCGACCAUGUGGCAAAGGCCCUCGAGGCUCAGACCCUGACAACACAAACCGCCCAGCGCGUUUGUACGGCGGUGAAGCUGCUCCUACAGGCUACAAAUACCGAUCCAACGCCUCUCCUUCAGCAGUACCCGGCUGAUGCACAGCAAGUCAUUAUGAGCUACUUCAACUAGAGAUCGGAGUCGCCAUUUGCAAGCAUCUGUCUACCACCCCCGAGGCUGAGAACGUUGCCAUUGUCGCCACUAGCCCUUGAUAUUUCGAAUUGGAUGUUAGGUGAUGCAACUCGGAAGGAUUAACGGAUAGAAGACUGCAGUACGACCUCUGGCGUCAUGAGCACCCAGAGAGCACUGAGUUGAAAAAAGCACAACAACAGGUCCAGAUGUUUUUACUUUUUAGUUGUUUCUCGUAUAACGAUGAAUGAGCAGUUCAGCGACCAGUGUCGAGGUCUACCAGAAAGGCAGACAGGCGGUAGUUAGAGCCCUGCGAGAUACCAAUCCAACCAUUAUCUUAUCAGCC